AUGGCUAAAAGAAGAACUAAGAAGAGAACUCAUAAGAAAAUAUCAGAAGAUGAGCUUAAUAAGAUUCCUAAGUCUAUGGUUAUUCACCUUGGUCAAUCUUUAAAAAAUCAUUCAUUAUCACAAUUAGUUUCUGAUUUUAGAAAUUUAAUGCAACCAUAUACUGCUAUCAAUUUGAAGGAAAGGAAACUGAAUAAAUUAAAAGAUUUCAUUGUCAUGUGUGGUCCAUUAGGUGUUCAAAAUUUAUUCGUCUUUAAUCAAUCUUUAAAAACUGGUCAAUUAUCAUUAAGAAUUGGUAAAUUAUCAAAUGGUCCAAACUUACAAUUUAAAAUUAAUUCAUAUUCAUUAUGUAAAGAUGUUCGUAAAAUUUUAAAAUAUCCAAAAUCUUUAAAUAAAGAUAGUAUCGAAUUUAUGAAUCCUCCUUUAUUAGUUAUGAAUGGAUUUAAUUCAAAUUUUAAUGAAAUUGAAAAUCAUGAAAAAUUAUUAAUUACCAUUUUUCAAAAUUUAUUCCCACCUAUUCAACCUCAAAGUACUAAAGUAUCAGAUAUAAAAAGAGUAUUAUUAAUAAGUAAGAAUAAACAAACUCAAGAAAUUGAAAUUAGACAUUAUGCAAUUAAUACAAAAUUAAUUGAAGAGAAUAGAAAUGUUAAAAAAUUAAUAAAUGCAAAUCAUAAUCUUAAAAAGAAUUUACCAAAUUUGAAAACUAAUCAAGAUAUAAGUGAUUUAUUAUUAGAUCCAUAUGCUAUAGGUGGAAUGACAUCAGAUUCUGAAGUUGAAGAUGAUGCAAUUGUUGAAAUUAAAAAUGAAGAAAUAAUAAAAAAGAAACAACAAGAGGAAAAACAAGAUGAGGAAAAGAUACAGGAGAAUAAUGUUAGAAAAAGAGCUAUAAAAUUAAUUGAAUUAGGUCCUAGAUUAAAUUUGUCAUUAAAUAAAAUUGAAGAAAAUAUUUCAGGUUCUUCAAAAGUUUUAUAUCAUUCAAAUGUUAAAAAAUCAGAAUCUGAGAUCAAAGAAUUGAAUAAGAAACAUGAAUUGAAACAAAAAUUGAAGAAAGAAAGAAGAGAGAAACAACAAGCUAUAGUGAAGGCUAAAUUGGAUAAGAAAAAGAGGAAGAAAUCAAAAGUUGAUGAGAAUGAAGAUGAAGAAAUGGAAGAAGAAGAUGAUGAAGAAGAAGAAGAUGAUGAUGAUAAUGAAAUAGAAAUAAAUCCAGAAGAUUAUGAAAAUGACAGUGAUUUAUAUAGUGAUAUAGAAGUUUAA